UGCUUGGUUCCAGCUUCAUACAUCAGAAGAAAUAUUAGUACAUUCGCCUUAUAUUGCAUGUGUCAAAUUCAAAGGUAGACUCGGGAAUCUAAUGCUACAAUAUGCCUUUCUUCAUAUAGCAGCUAAGAUAAAUCUACUUAUUCCUAUCAUUCCAGAAAACUUUGAACUCUCUGAUAUAUUUUAUAUUUAUGAUAAAACACCGCCAGAAAUUAAGGACAGAAAAGCAGUUUGCUCAAGACUGCCUCUCCGUGUGGAGCGUUGGGGGCUCUCUUUCGAUGAGGAUCUUCUGAGUGUUCCUUGUUGUAAGAGCGUUCAAUUUGACGGAUAUUAUCAGUCAUGGAAAUACUGGAUAAAAUAUGAAGAGGAAAUUCGGGACCUGUUUGUUUUUAAAAAUUCUAUCAGGGAAAAGGCAUUGUCACAAUUCCAAAACAUAAUGCUUAUCAUGAACUUUGAUAUCAGCAAGAAAGGUAACAUCGUUGUAAGUAUACAUAUAAGAAGAGGUGACUAUGCAACCAAAGGACAUUUAAAAUACGGUAAAAUCACACCUAAUGCAACUUAUUACCUCAAUGCAAUGAAAUAUUUCAGAGAUAAAUAUGAAAAUGUAUUAUUUAUUGUGGGUUCUAAUGACAUAGAAUGGUCGAAAAAGGCUUUGAACAGAGAAAGUAAUGUCUAUUUUUCCACUGGACUUUCGGCCGCUGAGGACAUGGCGUUGUUAUCCCUGGCCAAUCACACAAUCAUGUCGGUCGGAACUUAUGGAUGGUGGAUUGGCUGGAUGGCAAGGGGAACAACUGUGUAUUACAAACAUAUAUUUGUUCCUGGAUCUGAAUUUUCGAAAGAAUUUAGAAAUAAUUCAACCAAAGAUUUCGUUUAUCCAGGAUGGAUUCCGAUGGAUGAAUCACUUGCAUGAUGAAAACAGAUUUUUUAAAUAAAUGUCUUUGCAAGUAGAAAGAAAUCGGCAAGUAUUCCUAAAAACUAACAUUGCCCUUUAAAAAUGACUGAAAAGUUAAACAUAACAUCAAAUGACAGCUAGGAAGUUUUGUCGAUACUAAGUUUUUUUUUAGGAGGGGUGGGGAGUAUGAACGAAGAAGUAAUUUUAAUUCUGAACAAAACAAUACCGACUUUUCCAAUGGCACAACCUACUUCCAGACAAAUGAGGUUUUGUGAAUUUGGAUUUCUCACUACUGCUAACUGUAUGAGAAAUACAUUGUAUAGUAAAGGUUUAAUUUCAAAUAUUAAAGUAUAUCUUUUGGGGGGAUGUAAUACGUUCAUCUAAGGUAGUUUGGGAGGGGUGUGUGGACUGUUGCCAUUUCCUUAUAUUCCUCACUAGUAUUUCUUGUAUUUUUCAGGUUCAUGUAAUACAUUUAUUCUUUUACUCUUCCCUAUUUCUUUGUUAUCACAUUUUUCUAAAGAGCUACAUUGUGUGUAAAUAUUUUCUUUAAAAUCGGGAAGUCAUUGCUAUGUACUAGUACUCUAGCUUGCUUCCUUUUCCCAGACUAUUGUAGGAAAUUUAGCUUUGUGAAUUGUUUUUCCUUUCCUCUAAUCCCUAUUUGCUCUUGGUAAUAUAGCCUAGUUUUGCUAAUUGGUAAACGUGGUACUUUUUGUAACAUUAUGUUGUUGAUAAGUGGCUUGUCAAUAAACUUUCAUGUACAUG